CGGCCCUGAGCGGCAGAGACGGCAAUAGGCAGAAAUGAGUAAGAGCCAGAGCUGAAGUAGUGCACGGCGUAAUUCCUGCUCUGUGAUCCACGCUCCAAGUGAAAAAACCGGGAGAGGGGGCAGAGAGAGGCAGUGACCGGCUCAGCCUUUGCAACCGGCUCAGGACAGAACGUCUAUAGAUAUUUAUAGAUACUAAAACAACAACAACAACCUCACCCUGAAUUGAGGCUUUCUUAAAAAGAAGGUCCUGGCAAUUCUAUCUUAUUUAAGCAAUUUCCUGAGUCUAAGAAUAGAAAUGAGCUGCCUGGAAGGCACUGCAGGCUGAAAUUUGGAGACAUAGGCUGCUUUAUUUUAUUUUUCUACAUAUAAAAACCUUUCGUUUGGAUACUGGAUUUUCAUGUGGGUUUUUGCAGCGGAGGGAUGUAUGGUUACUUUUAAUUCUACUUUUUUUCCCCCUCUGUUUUAAUUUAAAAAACAAGCUUUCCAGUUAAAAAGCAAGGAAGCUGUUUUACCUGCGUGUGACAAUUCCAGAGGACACCGAUCAAGAAACAGGAGUGACUUGGUCUUCUGCACUACUUUACUCCUACCCCCAUUUAUUUUUUCGGGGGAGGGAAGGAUUUUUCCAGUCCAAGAACCUCUUGCCCCCAAGUUUUGGAAGGGGGGCUGAAGAACUGUCACCCAUCUGGGGGUGCAUGAAGGCUAUCGCUUUUCUUUCUCUGUCACCUUGGUUCUGUGGAGGCUUGGAAGAGAACUUUGCCUGGCAGAAGAGGAUGAUGUGGAAGUGGCUGGGCGCCCUGCUGCUGUUCCCGGUGCAGAUGGUGUAUCUGGUGGUGAAAGCCACCGUGUGCCUGCUGCUGCCGCCCAAGCUGCGAGACCUGUCCCGGGAGAACGUGCUGGUGACCGGCGGGGGCCGCGGCAUCGGCCGGCACCUGGCCCGGGAGUUCGCCCGGAGAGGAGCCAGGAAGAUCAUCCUGUGGGGUCGGACUGAGAAAUGCCUGAAGGAGACCACGGAGGAGAUCAGGAUGAUGGGGACAGAGUGCCACUACUUCAUCUGUGACGUGGGGAACCGUGAGGAGGUCUACCAGCAAGCCAAGGCCGUCAGGGAAAAGGUGGGUGACAUCACCAUCCUGGUGAACAAUGCUGCUGUGGUUCAUGGGAAGAGCCUGAUGGACAGCGACGACGAUGCACUGCUGAAAUCCCAGCACAUAAACACCCUGGGACAGUUCUGGACCACCAAAGCAUUCCUGCCAAGGAUGCUGGAGCUCCAGAAUGGGCACAUUGUUUGCCUGAACUCUGUCCUGGCCUUGUCAGCCAUCCCUGGUGCCAUUGACUAUUGCACCUCCAAAGCCUCAUCCUUUGCUUUCAUGGAGAGCCUGACCCUGGGGCUGCUGGACUGUCCUGGAGUGAAUGCCACCACAGUCCUGCCCUUCCACACCAGCACAGAGAUGUUCCAGGGCAUGAGAAUCAGGUUCCCUAGUCUCUUUCCUCCUCUCAAGCCAGAGACAGUGGCCAGGAGGACGGUAGAAGCUGUUCAGAUGAACCAAGCCUUCCUGCUCCUCCCAUGGACAAUGCAUGUCCUUGUUAUCCUAAAAAGCAUUCUCCCCCAGGCAGCACUUGAAGAAAUCCACAAGUUUUCUGGGAGCUACACCUGCAUGAACACUUUUAAAGGACGAACAUAGGCUGGCACCAGGACUGCUCUGCAGUGAGCCCAGCACAAGCAUGAAAAUCCUCCAGGACUGGGAAUCAGCAGCUCUUGGCUUUCAGCCUGUUCAUGUGACUUGUGCUGCUCUGAGGCAACACAUUUCUUGCAGGUCAUAUCCAUAGUAACAUGACCUUUGCACAGGAUUGAGUGAGUGGACUAUGGACCCUUGGAAAGGAAAAACAGAAAGUGUGAAAUGUUUCCAUGAUGUUUAAUUCUUUAGAGUUCAAUUGUUAAAUCUACUCAUAGUUUUAAGAUGUGAUUUUUGUUUCUCAAGUGUCUGUGGGCUGCCUCAGUGGAGAGGCAGCACAUCCCAUCCCAAACACACUCUGUGCCCUCUCUCCAGAGCAGCUGCCACUGGUUUCAUUUCAGCUUUUUGAAUGGGGAACUUCAGAAUUACUUGGAAGAACUAAAAGAUACGGACGUUUCAUGGACGCUUCCUUCUCUUUCUUCACUUCCCAUCCCUGAUGAAGCUGUUCCCAGCACACACUGGGGAAGGAGCAAACCAUGAGGCAAUGUUUUCUCUGCUAAAGGCCACCCAGGACUUCUCUUUCUGGGCCCAGAAAAGCUGUUGUGCUUCCCCUCUGGAGGCUGGACAGGAAGGCUCAGGCAGCAGAGCUGAGAGUUUAAAUAGUGGGAGAUUCUUUCUGUCACUGAAUUCAUAUGUGAAAUUGUCGUUCUGAUUUUUUUUUGUUGUUGUUAAUUUCUGAUAAAAUAUAAAUAUAUUUUUAGUGUUAAUCCCAGACUGCCACACAUGUAGGCAGCAGCACAUUGGGGAUGAACUAAAUCUAGGAACUAAAACUAGAGCCUGCUUGUACAAACAUACAUUCACUGACACAAUCCAUGCAGAGGAAAAUCCAUUAUAUCAGUCUGCACAGUGAAGUGGAAUAGUGCUCUAAGAGACAGUGCUGUUGUGCUCAUGAGAUGUGAAAUUGGGGAGCACAUUUAGCAAAGAGCUGAUUAAAUGCAUUUUGAAUUCAUCUGGGAAUAAACCCAUUGUGCUUUAGGAACAUUGAGUCAGCCACUGAUCAGCCAGAAGUGAUAAAUAUGCUUGGGCUGAGGUGCCAGAAGCAGCUAGACAUUAUUUAUUUUUGUAGUGAAAUAUUCUCUUUGACAGCCUAGGAAGGGCAGCACUGCAUUCCUGUGCAAAAUGCAGUGAGCAGCACAUUGGAGCACUGCUAACAGAGAAAUUAAAAUAAUUGCAAUACAGGAAGUAGCAAGUCCAGCUGGAGACACCUGAAUGAAGUGCCUCAAGGGUGGAUGUGUGAUUAAAGGAGUGAAUUUAGGGCUCCUGA